AUGGACGCGGCCACGAUCGAAGAGACGAACCGCAUUCGCGUGUCCCUGGGCAUGAAGCCCUUGCCUGUGCCUGGGCAAGCACCAGUCGCUCAACCCGACCGAUCUGCAUCCGACGACGAAGAAGCGCCAAGCACCCUCGAGAGCCGCCAGGCGCAAUCAUAUGACAACUACAACAAAGUGCGCGAGGCCGAGGCCGCGAAGCGCAAACGGGAGGAGCGAGCGGCGGCACUGAAGAAAGAGAGAGAUGCGGCGCAGCGCUUCGCAGCCUUGGAAGGAAAGGGACUUGGCGAGGCCGAUGAGGGUGGCGACGUGGAUGCCAAAGCAUGGUUGAAGGCACAGAAGAAGCGACAGAAGGCCAUCGAUAAGGCGAGAAAGUUGGAGGAGGAGCAGGCCGCCGCCGAGGCGGCUGCGCUCGCGGCUGUUGAGUACUCUUCGAAGGACCUUGCUGGUGUGAAGGUCGCGCACGAGCUGGACAACUUCCUUGACGGCGAUGAACAGAUCCUGACGCUGAAGGAUUCAACAAUCGACCAAAACGAAGAGGAUGGCGACGAGCUGGAGAACUUGGACCUGAAGGCGAGAGAAAAGCUGCAGGAGAACCUGGAUUUGAAGAAGAAGAAGCCGGCAUACGACGCGCAUGCGACAGACGAAGACGGCGAGCGAGGUAUUUUGUCGCAAUACGAUGACGAGAUCUACGGCAAGCAGGGCAAAAAGUUUACGCUCAAUGGCUCUGGCGCGAUCGCAGAGUUGGGCGACAUCCUGGGCCAGGCUUCAGAAAAGUCAAAGAUGCUGAAGAGUAUUAACCUUGACGAUAUCGUCCAGGACGCCCCCACUUCAGAUUAUCUCGACAUCUCCGAGAUCAAAGUCAAGAAGCCAAAAAAGAAGAAGUCCAAGUCUACCAGGCAGAAGCCUGUUGACGAGGACGACAUCUUCCCCGUUGACACGGCAGCAGCUAACGACGACUUUAUGGAUGUCGAUUCCGGCGCAGCUAUUAACAAGAAGAAGCGUAAGGUCGAGGACGACACUUUCGUCGAUGAUGAGGACUUGCAGGCAUCCCUAGCCAUUCAGCGCAAGAACGCGCUGAAGAAGAGAAAGAAGACUCGUCCCGAGGAUAUUGCGCGACAGCUGAAAGAGCAAGCUGAAGAACCAGAAAACGAAGCUCAUGGCGGCGUCGUAAUUGACGAGAUUUCUGAGUUCGUAUCAGCGUUGAAGAAGCCCGACGAGGAAGAGCAGAAGCCGAAGAAGUCCAAGAUGGCAGAAGAAUUCGCAACAGCCAUGGACGAUGACGACGACUCCGACAAGGACGAAGACCACCCUAUGGGCGAUGCACAGCCAGAAGGGGACGACUCUGCCAACAGGACAAGAGGAGUUUCUGAAGAUAUUGCCACGACGGGAGUCGACGAAGAAAAGACGAUCAACACAGGAAUUGGCUCCGCCUUGGCGUUGCUAAGAGAACGUGGCAUUCUUAAAGAUUCUCACGGGGCCGAGCUAAACAUGAGCGAUAGGCAGAGAGCCGAGUUCCUGGCGGAGAAGCGGCGUCUCGAGAAAGAGCAAGAGGACCGUGCCAGGAUGCAGCGUGAGCGUGACAGAAACAGUGGCCGGCUCGACACCAUGUCUGUCAGAGACAGGGAAGAACGCGCCAGACAGGCCAACGCGCACCGCGAGCUGCAAUCAUCCCGCCUCGUGGACGACCUUUUCAAGAAGCACUACAAGCCCACUGUGGAACUCAAGUACACAGACGAACACGGCAGAAGCCUGGAUCAGAAGGAGGCCUUCAAGCACAUGAGUCACCAGUUCCACGGCAAGGGCAGUGGCAAGGGCAAGACCGACAAGCGACUCAAGAAGAUCGAGGAUGAGAAGCGACGCGAGUCUCAGAGUGUCCUUGAUGCGAGCGAGAACGCGAACAUGAGUUCGUCGGCGGCGAAGCGGCGCGAGGCCGGUGUUCGAUUACAAUAA